UGCACAAUGUCUAAAUGACGCAUGAGAUUUUGAAAUUGUCAGAGGAGUAGAACUCACAUUACACAAUAAAAGAAGCGUUACAUAUGCACAUGAUGCUAAAAUGCCAAUUAAGAUAAUUAUUUCCAGUUUAGUUUGGCUCUUAAUGGCUUCUGUAUGGAUUGUCACGCUUGUUUGCUUUUACAAGAGCUAUCGCUCAUUAUUGCAGCUCUCAAGAUUAUCACACACAACUCUCAACUCAACUCAACCCACAACUCAAACAGGCGAUAUGGAAACGCUACGUAUUACAGUCAUGUCAUUAUAUCAAACUCACUAGUGUUUAUUCCUUAUCAUUUAAUCAGGAUGAUGUUUAAAUUACAAUCAUGUUACAAUAAUAUGACUCAAAACUAACACAAGUAAUACUGUAUACAGAAAAUUCAUGUAACAAGUAUGUGAUUUAACAAAACAUAUAUGUAUUAUUUAUGUAUAUAUCUAUUUAUUCGUAAUAUAUUAGGUAUAAUCACCUAAAAUCAUUUGUAAUAAUAUAAAAUCAUUCAAAUGCAUUAAAUGUCCCGCGACCCAAAUGAGGAUAAGCGGCAUAGAAAAGGGAUGGAUGGAUGAAUAAAAUGUGUCUAUUCAUUCAUAUAAAACAUUCUAUUUUGUUUAUCGAUUGUCAAUUGAUAAGGACAAAUUGCUCAUUGAAUACACUGUGUUAACGGUAGGUGGCAGCAGUGUACGCGAACACAGGAAAGAUGCACUUCCUGAAUUUCUUCUAUGUCCGGAAGAGAGAUGACUGUCAGACGUUUUAAUGUUCAUACUGGACGAUGUGACAUGACCCUCUAAUUUAUAAAGGAAUAUGUCACACUUCGGCAGUAGUGAAACCGACGUGAUGACAGCUCCUGAGACGUGACGAAAUGUGCAUUUUGGUGGUGAUGCUACAACGUCCGUAACAUACAGGCUAACCCUAGUUUAGCCACUAUGCAAUGAUGGCGACGAGUGGAUGAUGCUUUAAGCAAGUGAGAGCCAUGAAGGUGGUGAUGGUGGUCACAACUGGCUUCACUACACUGUAGCUUGGAACCCAGAGGAGCCAUGAAAAGAGAUGGAAGAGAGGAGUGUGGUGAAGGCGGUCUCUUUGAGGACCAGGACUUCCCCACGGAUGACUCAUCCCUGUUCUGUGACAGCUCCACACCCAUCUCCAGGUUGCAAGGACAUGUCACCUGGCUCCGUCCACAGGAGAUCUGCCAGUCACCCAUUUUCUUCCCAGACAACAUCCAACAGAGCCAUCCCAAACAAGGCUUACUGGGAGAUUGCUGGUUUCUGUGUGCUUGUUCCAUGCUGAUCAGGAACAAACAUCUUCUGGAGAAAGUCUUUCCUGCUCAGCAGCCCCUAUGGAGUGACAACAAAUACCGCGGCUCCUUUUGCUUUCGGUUUUGGCAGAAUGGACACUGGACAGAGGUGACCAUCGAUGACCGCCUGCCCUGUGUUGACUCAGCUCUGUGCUUCUCACACUGCAACGCGUCCUCUGCCUUCUGGGUGGCUCUGCUGGAGAAGGCAUACGCUAAACUUCAUGGUUCAUACGAGCGACUGUGGGCGGGGCAGGUGUCCGAGGCCUUAGUGGACUUGACUGGGGGUCUGGCAGAGUGCUGGAUCUUGUCUGAUGUUGGCUCAGAGGUGGACCGCAAACCAGAAGAGAGUCAGAAUCAGGCCAGGACGAGCAAAAGGCGAGACCUGGACCUCAUAUACACAAUGAGAGCUUCUUGCACACUCAGUUGCUCCACUCAAAACAUAUUUGGGGGAGGCGUUGAGCUGGACCAGCAGCAUCAUGCCAUGACUGUGAUGGAGUGGUUGGAUGUGAAGACAGUAGUAGGGAGCAGCGGAGUGAGACUGUUGAGGAUCAGAAACCCCUGGGGGAGGGCCUGCUGGGGCGGAGCAUGGACAGAAAGUGGAGCAGGAUGGUCUUCCCUGGACUCAUCUGAGGCUUUGGAUCUCCAAGCCAGGGUGUUACAGGGUGAGUUCUGGCUGGAUGAAACUGAAUUCCUGUCACGGUUUGAUGAUGUCACAGUCGGCUACCCUAUCAAUGAGGAGGGACACCUACAAAGCAUCUAUACUGGAAACCUGCUACCUCACCGCCAUCAACUUCCUGGCCGCUGGAUAAAGGGUCUCUCCUGUGGUGGAAGUCGAAACAGCAGCAGCUACAGCAGCAACCCCAAGUUCUGGCUGAAGAUGUACGACAGAGGUGAGGUUCUUGUCUCCCUGCUGCAGCACAGAAAGUGGAGCCAAAUGAAGGACAAAUAUGCGGACACGCCUCCCAAGGAUAUCAUGAGACGCCAGCACGACCAUGCCAUUGCAUUACACAUGUGGAAGGUGAAAAAGAACCGUUUUAAUCUGAGCCGUACUUUAAACAAACCUCCAUGUGCUUCGACUCACUGCCACGCCCACCAGAGAGAAGUGGUACUGCACGGGCAGUUGGAGCCCGGACACUAUCUUCUCAUCCCUAGCACCUACCAGUUAGGAGCAGAGGCCCACUUCCUCAUCAGGGUUUUCUCCUCCUCUUCCUCCUUCCUCAGUGCAAUGAAGUGCCCAGCACCUUCCCUGCCAUCAACUACAGACGGAGAGUGGGAAUCCACUUACUUUCAGGGCUCGUGGGUAGAGGGAAGCUCUGCCGGAGGAAGCAGGAACUUCGCUACUCACCAACGGAACCCUUGCUUUCCUUUUACGAUUUGUGAUGAGCCCGUAGCUACGGUGGGUGUCAACGUGACUGUUACCCUGAGCCAGAGCUGCACCGACACUGACCUGCACCCCAUCGGCUUUCAUAUUUAUAAGGUACCAGCAGGGGAGCAAAGCCAGACCAUCCCCAGUGAGGAUCCAGUCACCAGCUGUGUUCCUCACUGCUACACUCAGGAUGUCACAAUGGCAUGCUCUCUUCCAUCCGGAGCUUACAUCAUCGUACCAUCCACAUACCAGCCUGACUGCACCGGAAACUUCACCAUCAGCCUUGCUCGCAGAAUACACAGGAGAGUUGUGAAAAGCCAGGAGAAGCUGGGAAGAACCAUUCAAGAGGUGUCUCACAUCGCUGUGAUGCAAAGCUAGCUCUCUUGGACGUCGGCACAGGAUGAAAGGACUCCCCCUGCGCCCUCGCCAUAGAGACAUGUACGACUAUGCAUGUGGACCAGUGGGAAUGUGUGCGUCCGUCGGGACUUCCCUUUAUCCUGAAUUGCUGAGGCCGAGGGCUUGAUGGGCAGCAGCCCCACUCAUUGGCCAUUAGGACAUCAGAGAUUGUCGGUGGGCUGGACUGCUAAUGAACUAUGACGGGACUGGCUGGUGUAAACAAACAGCCGCCAUUGAAGAAGGCCGACACCGCUGUUUGCUCAUUCAGUCGCUGAUGCGCCUGCCGGACCAGAACAAAGGGUCCUCUCAUGAAGGUCCUCACAGAAGCGGGUAAGGGGUGAGGGGUUGGUCUCGCGAACGCUGAGCCUACCAAACCACACCACGAUACAUCGUGCCAUACAUAGCCAGAGUUGUCUACCAUUCUUAUUCAACUCACCCAAUAGUGCCCCUAAAGACAUCUUGUUUGUUACUAAAUCCCAUCCACAUCAUCAACUCUCUUUAUGCUCAGACCACCACUCUGACCUGAACAGAGCCUCCAAAGUCACCACGAGCGGCAGGAUGGAAGGGAUGAAACAAGGGAUGCGGCACAUCAGAGGAGGUCGGCCCGUGUGAAGAGGGUGCCAGUUGGUUUUGUGUUGUUUGCCUCCUGCCCAUCCACCAUAUCUGUGUGUGCUAAAAUGAAAGGCUUUCUGAUGACUGAGUCACUUGGAGCCAGCCACAGCCAAAGAAUAUAAAUAAGUGGCAUUUUCUAUGUUUGACAUCCAGAUCCGCAAGAAUAUUAACAUAUUUGAAGUACAGAGUUGUUGUUAUGUUGCCUCUAUUCACCACCACAUUGGAUGUGAAAUAAAACAAGAUGUGAUUUAA